AUGUCAGAAACUAGAUUUGACAUGUCAAUUGAAAACUCCGGCGGAUACGAUGCCAAUAAAAUUCAAGAAGUUAACUCCCCCCAUCAGUGCGAUUCAAACACCUCUGUUAGGAAUGACAAGGUCAUAGGUUUGGAAGUUGAUGUUGGCCAACAGAGACAAGUUUCCUUCGGGAUGUAUAAUAACCUGCAGAGAGAAAAUCAUUCCCCAAAUUUUCAGCCCCAAGGUUUCUACGUGAACCCUUGUGGAGGCAGUGAACGUGAAGCAUUUUCUAUUUCUAGUCAAGGUGGCAGUAUGCCUUAUGGUUCAGUUUUUUGUACCCGUGGUCUGGAUUCCUGGUUGUUGCCUUUAAGAUUGCCUCAUUCAAGAGAUAAAUUAGACGAUCUCAUCUGUUUGCAUAGAAAUAUGGGUAGUGACUAUUAUAAUAACGCAGUGAAGUAUUUACGGCUUGCUCUUCAAUCAACAACUCCAGUGUUUGAGGCCUUACUUCCAUUGAUACAGAUACUGCUGCUUGGAGACCAAGUGAAGGAGGAUGUAGAUGAGCUUGAAAUUUUUUCCAUAAUUUAA